UGCAAAUUUCCGAUCAGUGGACGACUGGUGACUUCAGCAUAUAAUAAGCGGAGGGAAAGGAAACCAUGAUGCCUCAAGUAACGGCGAAUGGAGCGGUAACAGCUCAAAUCUGAUGAUCUUAACUUUACAAUUCCUGUAUCAAUAUCUAACGAUGCAGGGCAGACACUCAGGUAGUAUUGGAUACCGGAUUGAAUAUCCUAGGCCCUCCUGCAUACGGUGCUUGGCUCGCGCCUAGUACAGUGCUCGCUGCAGGUGGUUCUAUAUUGCGUAAUCGAAUUUCUGUGGAGAUACAAACCGUCAAAGGGAAUGGAGAAGAGUUAAGGUAAGCCAUAGAUCAUGGAAGAAUGUGUUAUCGUCCUAUUCCGACCAAACAGCCAACCCCCAGCAACCCAACAUCGCCAAUCUGAAUGCCGUCAUCAACGGCAUGACCGCAGAUGGUAAUACUGUCGCUCAGGGUCUCCAAUCAUUCACUAACCACCAACAAGCAUUGGGCGCUGAGCUCUCAAUGUUUGGAAACAACCCUCUUGACCAUUCAUUAUUAUCGUUUUCAGGAGUUGGGAUGCCCCGGUUCCUUUAUUUUGCUACCUCGCGUGGGAAGGCUUUUCUAUACGUACCCCAGAAGAAUAACAGAAUUGACGGCCAGCUUCCUGUUGCAUGAGAGACAGGUUGAAAUGUGGAUAUGACCAAGUAGGGUGCAUUUGUUUUCUGGUCAGUGAAAACGGCUCUUUAUACCGGAUGGGUUAGAAAUGGGCAUGGACGGUUAGGCUUUGCGUACAGUGUCUGGUCUGGUCAACAACGGGCUUUCUAUACGAAGUACUGGAUGACUUCUACUUUAAUAGUGCAUUGCUGGU